AUGUUGGGGCGCCGCGGCAUCUUGGGCUACCGCUCUACCCUCGCUGGUCUGGUUCGUGCUCGGCGCGGUGCUGGAACGUCCAACAUGGAGGCCCUUGUGGAGAUGACCGGCUUAUAUGGUGGAGAAAGGCUGCGAGGCGACUGGUGCACGUGGUACAAGUAUCGGAGCUGA